AAGCAGAAGUUGUUUAAAUGUGUUCAUCAGUUUCAGAUGACAUUUAACUCUCAACGCUACACAACACAACACAGAAAGAUGGAGACGUCCGGCUGGUUUCUGACUCUUUAUCUCACAUGUUUGCCAUCAUGUGUCGUUCUGUCUAUGAAGAGAAUCAUAGUGAAUUAUUCAUCUCAGAACCUCUCGUCCGUUCCCACUGACCUCAGAUCAUCCACAGAAGAUUUGGAUCUGUCUUUAAAUCACAUCCAGACACUGAAGAGACUAGACUUUCACACAACACCCAGACUUCAUCUUCUAAACGUCUCCUGGAACGAACUACAGCAGGUAGACGUCUACACCUUCAACUCUACGGCUGCUUUACAGAUUCUAGACCUGUCUCACAACAAACUCCAGAACCUCUCCAGACAGCUGUAUUUACUUCAUGCAGGACAUCUGCGCUUUCUGGAUCUGUCAUCAAACAUGUUCUCCGUUAUGGCUCUCGGGAGAGAGUUUGUGACUCUUGAACACCUGCGGUGGCUCGGCUUGAGCGCGACACGAAUCCACAACACAGACUUGACAAACAUCACUAAUCUCACUCUCAGAACGCUCUUCAUUAACGCUGGCGGGACCAAGCUGUACGAAGAGAGCAGUCUCACGAGCGUCCGUGCAGAGAAGGCCGUCAUCGCUCUGUCCAACAGCCAGAUUGACGGUAAAAUGGCCGCCGAUGCCUUUGUGUCCUUUAAAGAGUUACAAUUCACAAACGUGAUAAAUGAGAUGCUGUUUCUGGAAGAGCUGCGUCGCAGAGGCUCCGUGCGCACCGUCAGUCUGGAAAUCUCUCAGGUGAGAAGCUCGUGGGAAGUUCUGACGGGUCUUGUGAACACAGUGUUGAUGUCUUCAGUUCAGCGGCUGUCUCUGUCAGAUGUUACCAUCACUUCAAUGAGAAACAACUCAGACGUGAUCCUGGAGCACACGCUCGACCACUUGUCUAUCACCCGAGCUUCAGUAACCAUGUUCAUCUUCAAUCAAGAAGAGGUUUAUGACUUCUUCAUCAACAUGCCUGCAAGAAACCUCAGCGUAACGCAAACACCCAUCGUUCACAUCACCUGUCCCGCAUCCGUCAGCAAGAUUGGAGUGUUGGAUUUGUCCGACUGUGCUCUCACAGAGAAAGUCUUCUCUAGGGGACCGGAUCAAGAGUGCACCACGCUCACGGGUCUGGAAACUCUGAUUCUGAAGGGCAAUAACCUCCGACAUCUUAAACCUUUAACAUCAAGAAUUCAUCUCAUGAACUCACUGACACACGCUGACUUCAGUCAGAACUCUCUCACUUACACACCAGAACAGGGCAUGUGCAUGUGGCCUCCGAAAAUAACACGCCUGGAUCUGUCAUCCAACAACUUCAAGCAGAACAUCUUCAAGUGUUUGCCCACUUCCGUCCAGAUCCUAAACCUCCAAAAUAACCAGAUCACCACAGUUCCCGCAGAUGUCCCACUGCUGGACGCUUUGAGCGUUCUGGAUCUAACAGCGAAUCGAUUGCUGGACCUUCCCUCCUGUCUGUCAUACCCAAACCUGCAGACGCUCUUCGUGAGAUCAAAUUCCCUUCACGCACCAAUGCCCGAAGCCCUCCACACGUGUGUACGUCUCAAGACUCUUGAUGCCAGUCAUAACCCCUUCAUCUGUACGUGCGCCCUGCGGGAAUUCGCCGCUCUUGUCAAUAGCGAAGCGACACGACGUCCUGCUUUGAUUCUAGAGCGCUGGCCGGACACUUACGUGUGCAGUUAUCCAGAAUCCUGGAGCAACAGCACAUUACAAGACUUCCACCUGCCUGAGGUCUCCUGUAACGCUUGGCUUCUCUCCGUCUCUAUCCUGAUCCCGACCAUCACGCUGGUGAUCGCUGUCAGCCUCUUUUGCAAUAAGCUGGACGUCCCGUGGUACCUGAAGAUGAUUUGGAAAUGGACCCGUGCCAAACACCACGCGCUCGUCUCGCAGGAGAGAGCCGAAGACAUGGAAGGGAUCCGCUUCCACGCUUUCCUGUCAUACAGCCAAAAGAACAGCGAGUGGGUUAAAGGACAACUGCUGCCCAAGCUGGAGAGCGGCGGCCUGCGAGUGUGUCAUCACGAGCGGGACUUCGUUCCGGGAAAGACCAUCGUUCAGAACAUUCUCCGCUGCGUCGAGCACAGCAGAAGAUCUGUCUUUGUGUUGUCGUCUCACUUCGUUCAGAGCGAAUGGUGUCAUUACGAGCUGUACUUCGCCAAUCAUCAGAAGGUUACGCGAGGGUCGGACAGCAUCAUCCUCGUUCUGCUGGAACCGCUGCCAUCGUACCUCAUUCCCUCCAAAUACUAUCAGCUGAAGAGCAUGAUGUCCAGACGGACGUACCUCGAGUGGCCACAGGAGGGAGCCAAACAAACGCUCUUCUGGGCGAAUCUCCGAGCGGCCCUGCAGGCCAACCUUCCCAUCCCAUCAGAGAGAGACUAUCAAACCUUCUGAUCCAUUCAUUCAAUGAACAUUUCAGCAUGAAAUUAUUUUGUCU